AUGGCAGCUGGAACAUGGCUUUACCAACUCAUCAAAUUAGCCCUUAAAGAAACUCCGCACGUCUUUCAUUUCCCAGCGAAAAUGGAAGUGCCCAAAACCCUAACCCUAGCCAACUACAUACUUAUAUAUCUCCUUGUCUUUUCCGGCGAUCCAACCGUCGGAGACUACCAAUCAGAGGAGAGAGACGCCCUCUAUGCUCUCAAAUACGCAUUCAAUGACCCUUUCCUCAAUAAAAACUGGAAUCAUCUUCAAUGCUUCAAGAACAAUCCAAACACUACGUGGUAUGGUAUCACAUGCGUGGAUGGCCGCGUCACCGGAAUUUCCUUGGACAGUCUGGGUCUGGCUGGUCAGGUCCCCGUCAACGUGCUGUUUAACCUCACGGAGCUCAUUCACCUCAGCUUCAGAAACAAUUCGAUCUCCGGCGACCUCAUGAACUUCUCGGCCAACUGGAAACUGACGAACGUUGACCUAUCGGACAACAAGUUCAGUGGACCCAUAUCGCCUUCGCUAACGGGUCUUGGAUCAUUGGUGUCGUUGAAGCUCCAGGAUAACUUUUUGAUCGGAAAGAUACCGUGGUUUGGCCAACCGAGCUUGAGAGAGUUCAAUGUCUCUAAUAACAAUCUUUCAGGUGAGAUCCCAGCGACACCUACUCUACAAUCCUUUCAAGAAUCAUCAUACUCAAAUAAUCCGGGCCUGUGCGGUCCGCCUUCUCCGGCAGUCUGCAAGAUCGACACUGUAAGUGGAGGACCGAGUGAUAAACCGCCUCACAAGAACAAAUCCAAUCUAACAGGGGCUUCUUUGAUUUCCAUUUUCGUAGUGUUGGAUAUAAUUGCACUGGUCCUUGUGAUUAUUCUCUUCUCUAUUUACUACAAGAAAGCAAAAUCGAAAAAGAGAGAGAGGGAGGUAAAGUCGAAACUAGAGAAGGAGGCGAAGCGUGAUAGAGGAAGCGGUGGAACGAGAGUAACCGUAAUAGAAGAGAGAGGGACGCUUUCAUUCAUUGGUCAGGCGGGAGGUUUCGAACUCAAUGAUCUAUUGAAAGCCUCGGCAGAGGAGUUGGGGAAGGGGAGCUUCGGGUCUUCUUAUAAGGCAAUGAUUGAUGGUAUGGCGCCUGUCGUUGUUAAGCGGAUGAGGGAUCUAAGCUCCUUCACGAGGGAGCGGUUCGCGAAGCAUGUUAAGGUUGUUGCUGAUCUGAAGCACCCCAAUUUGCUUCCUUUGCUUGCUUAUUACCAUUCCAAAGAUGAGAAGCUGUUGAUUUAUAGAUUCGCGCCUAACGGGAACCUGUUCAAUCGCAUACAUGGAGGCAAAGGGAAGGACCGAAUUCCAUUCAAAUGGAACUCACGGCUAUUAGUAGCCCAAGGCGUAGCUCGAGCCAUGGCAUAUCUGCAUCUCAAAGCCACUAAACAGGACGCCAUUCCCCAUGGAAAUUUGAAGUCUUCGAAUGUUCUUCUUGAUGAGAAUGAGCUACCGCUAGUGUCCGAUUACGGACUUGUUCCAUUGAUCGCCGGUCCUGCCGCAGUUGAACGGAUGGUGUCAUACAAAUCGCCUGAGCAUCAACAAGGAAGAAAAGCUUCAAUCAAAUCCGAUGUAUGGAGCUAUGGUUGCCUUCUCCUUGAGCUUAUAACGGGUAGAGUACCUAGUCAUUCUGCCCCACCAGGCGUACAUGGUGUGGAUCUAUACAAUUGGGCUAAUAGAGCUGUUAGAGAAGAAUGGACAGUUGAGAUUUUCGAUAUAGAGAUAUCUGUCCAGAGAGGUGCCUCAGAAGGGGCGCUUAAGUUGCUACAGAUCGCUCUGAAUUGCUGCAACGAGUCAAUGGAAAACCGCCCAAACAUGGAGGAAGUGGCGAGGGAUGUAGACAACAUAAGGUUAUCCAACUCCGAUGAAAACAGUGACUCGUUGUCAUUGACGGACGAUUCAACUAGUGGGUCAUUUAUAGUUGGUGAUGAGAGAUAUUCCAGGUCUUGA